CCGGCUCUCAGCGCUUGGCUCGGCCGACGAACUGCGUGUUGCUGCGUCAUCGCCAGUGGCCGGUUUGAAUGAGGCUCUGGUCGCACCCGAGCCGCUACCACCACCGCGCCUCCGCUUCGGUCGCUGCUACAGCUUCUUCGUGUCGCUCCCCCUGGCCAUUCUUGCCAGGGCCAUUCUUCCUGCGCCGCCGCCUUCUUUAGUGCCCAGCCAUGCCACUCUAUUCCGUUACUGUGAAAUGGGGAAAGGAAAAAUUUGAAGGUGUGGAAUUGAAUACUGAUGAGCCUCCAAUGGUGUUCAAGGCUCAGCUCUUUGCACUGACUGGGGUCCAGCCUGCCAGACAGAAAGUUAUGGUGAAAGGUGGAACAUUGAAGGAUGAUGAUUGGGGAAACAUCAAAAUAAAAAAUGGAAUGACACUACUAAUGAUGGGGUCAGCAGAUGCUCUUCCUGAGGAACCCUCAGCUAAAACAGUAUUUGUAGAAGACAUGACAGAAGAACAGUUAGCAUCUGCUAUGGAAUUACCAUGUGGAUUGACAAACCUUGGUAACACUUGUUAUAUGAACGCUACGGUUCAGUGUAUUCGUUCUGUGCCUGAACUCAAAGAUGCCCUUAAAAGGUAUGCAGGUGCCUUGAGAGCUUCAGGGGAAAUGGCUUCAGCACAAUAUAUUACUGCAGCCCUUAGAGAUUUGUUUGAUUCCAUGGAUAAAACAUCUUCUAGUAUUCCUCCUAUUAUUCUACUACAAUUUUUGCACAUGGCUUUUCCACAGUUUGCAGAGAAGGGUGAACAAGGACAAUAUCUUCAACAGGAUGCUAAUGAAUGUUGGAUACAAAUGAUGAGAGUAUUACAGCAGAAAUUAGAAGCCAUAGAGGAUGAUUCCGUUAAAGAGACAGAUUCUUCAUCUGCAUCAGCAGUGACACCAUCUAAAAAGAAAAGUUUAAUUGAUCAGUUCUUUGGAGUUGAGUUUGAAACUACCAUGAAGUGCACGGAAUCAGAAGAAGAAGAAGUCACUAAAGGAAAGGAAAAUCAGCUUCAGCUUAGUUGUUUUAUUAAUCAAGAAGUCAAGUAUCUUUUCACAGGACUUAAGUUGCGACUUCAGGAAGAAAUCACCAAACAGUCUCCAUCAUUGCAAAGAAAUGCUUUGUACCUCAAAUCUUCCAAGAUUAGCCGACUACCUGCUUACUUAACCAUUCAGAUGGUUCGAUUUUUUUAUAAAGAGAAGGAAUCUGUGAAUGCUAAAGUUCUUAAGGAUGUUAAAUUUCCUCUUAUGUUGGAUGUGUAUGAACUGUGUACACCAGAACUCCAAGAGAAAAUGGUUUCUUUUCGAUCAAAAUUCAAGGAUCUAGAAGAUAAAAAAGUGAAUCUACAGCCAAAGACAAGUGACAAAAAAAGUAGUCCGCAGAAAGAAAUUAAGUAUGAACCUUUUUCUUUUGCUGAUGACAUUGGCUCUAAUAAUUGUGGAUACUAUGACUUACAAGCAGUGCUAACACACCAAGGAAGGUCUAGCUCUUCGGGUCAUUAUGUGUCAUGGGUGAAAAGGAAACAAGAUGAAUGGAUUAAGUUCGAUGACGAUAAGGUCAGCAUUGUGACACCAGAAGAUAUCUUGCGGCUUUCUGGUGGCGGAGACUGGCAUAUAGCUUAUGUUCUACUAUAUGGCCCUCGCAGAGUUGAGAUCAUGGAAGAGGAAAGUGAAUAGUAAUGUUCAUUUUAGCUAUUUAUGUUUAGGUGUGAAAUAAAUGUUAUUUGUUGAUCUUUUCUAUAAUCUAGGGCUUUAGAGGAAGAUGCUUCCAUGGUUUUAGGUUUCCCCUCACAUCGGACGAAAGCGGGUAGAAGCAAACCACUCUAAUGACAACUUACAGGAGAGAAAAUACCUUUUGACUGUGCUGUCUUGUAUUAGGUGGCAGAAUGAUUUUUUAAAAAGUUUCUGCAUUGUUUAAAAUUCUGGGUCAGAAUCUUCUGGACAACUUUUCUCUCUGCUCUUUUCAGUCCAAGAUUCAGCAAUCAGAUGUUUAUUACACACCUACUACUCGAUUAUUUGUUGUUGUUCUUGCAUGGUUUAAACCACCAUUCAGUAGCUGCCCAUCCUUUGCCUUAUCUAACAGAUUUUGCCAGGAAGGUGGAAACGAAGUAAGCGUUGCUCUCAUUGUGUAACAGUGCUGCUGUCCAUAUCCCAUGGAACAUGGGUACAAUCAAGUAUUUACCCAGCCUGACAGUGCUGGCUUUUCAUGACUUUAAAAUAAAUUGUGAUCAAUAAUAGUACAUAUGAUUAUACAUUACCUUGUCUCUCUGAUGUACUAUGGUUUGUACAUUGAACUUUGCAAUGGUUUUGUAGUAAUCAACCUUAAAAUUUUGUUGAUAAGCUCUGGCUGCUUAUUUUUAGAAAAUGAGGAUAUUUAAUAAUAAAACUAUAAGAGGGAUUAACAGCUUUGACCUCAAGUCUUUUAUCUAUUGAGUGUUGGAGCUUCAGUGAAGUAUAGGUAUGUUUAAUACUAUAGUUUGUGCAGAUUUACAUAAUUUGCUGUUAAGCAUCCAUUUAAAAAUGUUAUCUUGUUUGCCUGCUUGCAUCAUAAUGUUUAAAAAAAAAUACUUGUAAAAGUAAUGGGAGUUCUUUGGAUAAUAAUUGCAAUAUUGUCAGUCACAUCUGUCCCUUGGCUCAGUUUGUGUUUGUUUUUACUGUCCUGUCAAUUCCCAAAAGGUUAAUGAUUCUCAAUUUAAUAACAAUUUUUACAAUGAUGGUAGAAAUACCAAGAAUACAAGGUAUUUCAGUAUGGUAGGUUUCUUACAUUUAAUAUCUUCUGAUUAAUUUCUCAUCUGUUUCAGGAGCUUUACAUUGGUAGAGAAAGAAUAGAAUAUUAAGCUAAUUUGUCUCUGACUUUCACAAUAUUUUAUAAUAAAGUUUUGGGGAUUAUCAUGAAAUCUUACAUCUUUGCUUAUGCUCUUUCAGUGCUCUGCAGAGCAUAAUACUGGUAACUUUUAGAUUCCUAGAGAAUAGUUGCCAUUUUCCACUUUGAACAAUAUGGUGUAAUCUGAGAAUAGAAGGAUAUUAGAUAAUCAUUACAGGGAAAUGUUUGUAAGUAGCUUCCUUAGCUAAAUUCUUACUAUUGGCAAUCAAUACUCUUUGUUUUGAGGGAGGGUGCAGAAUACAAUGGGAAAGAUGAGACUGUAAGAAUUGUAAUGAUUUUAUCUACAGAUAUGAUGCUAGUAACUUUAAGUUUUUAAAAAUCCAUUCUUACUUGGUUUCAAUAAUUUUGAGGACAUAAAUUUAGCUACAGAAUGAUAAUUCUCUGGUUUAAAACAACUUAUAUCUAUCUUAUAUGGAAUCAGUAUUCUAAAAUUUUAGUUAAUUUA